AUGAGAGAUCGAAUUCAAGCUAAGGAAAGCCCAAAUGCUACUCACCAAAGUCUCCAAUAUCGGCAAACUAUAGAAAGUUUAAAAGCUGAAACAAAAAAGCUAAAGGACCAAAUGCAGCUUGAUCACAUACAUACAGCCCCUAUAGGAAACGAAUCACAUAUUGCUCGCCUUCAAGAUCAAGGUGACAUCUACACUAGAAAAAUUGAAAUCGAGACCAAGAAGCGUGACGAGCUUGACAAAAAAAUUAUUGAAAUGCAAGAAAAAAUUAUUAACAAACGUGCAGCAUUGGGAGCUGCAAAGCGAAAUAAAGAAACGAAUGAUACAAUAGUCCAGAAAAUCAAAAAAACAGAGCAUAAACUCGAUAAAACCUUGCAGAAAUAUAACGAAGCUGUAGCACAAAAUAAAAAAUUGCAUGACCAAAUUGAUUCAUUGAGAAGAGAAAAGCUUGUUUAUCAAACCCUGCGUCAAAGUUUAACCGAAGAAGUUGAUAAAAAGCAGCAAGAAAUGAAACAAAUUGAAUCUCAAAAGGAGCAAGCUAAGAUCCAAAGAGACGAAGCUAAAAAGAAAUUAUUAAAUCUCAUAUAACAGAGAAAAAUAAUUUUUUUAAUUUCACAAAAUAUAAUUUAUUUGAUUUUAAAUAAAUAUUUUGUUAUUGUAUAGGAUAAGUCUUAAAGAAACUGCCGAAAGGGAGCAAGCUAAGUUCAAGCAAGAGUGGCAAGAAUUAACAGAGCUGAUAAAAAAUGAUUCGAAAAUAAAAGAUUAUUUGGAUUUAAGGCAGGAAGAAAAAGAAGAUGAAAGCCAAGAAGAAAGCUUAUUAAAAAAACAUGAUAUGGACAUUAUCAAAAACUUAGAUCGUACAGGAUCGAUCAGUAAAAAAGAUAGAGAAAACAUUAGAGAAGCGGUCAAAAAGGUAGAGCAAUAUGAAGAAGCUUUUAAGAAAAUCGAAGAAGCUACAGGGCUAUCUGACAUCGAUCAAAUUGUCAGAACUUUUGUAGAAGCUGAAAAACAUAAUUAUUCAUUAUAUAUAGCUUGAAUAUCGUUUUGACUAGGGACUGUGAUAACGUCUCUAGACGUCAUGCAGGGAGUUGAGGAGCCAGCAUUUGUUAGUAAAAACAUUUUGCUGGGUUGCAAAUCCACUUCUACUGGAGAUUUACGACCCAAGAGUUGGUUUUUUACCAAAAACCUUAGCUUGCAAACUCCUUUAGUGACCUAGGGAGACAUCGGCAUAGCCCGAGCCAAAACGAGGUUUAGGCAUUAAUUAUGUAAAUGAGCUAAGCAAUGACAUUGAAAGACUAGAAAAGCAAAUAGCUCAAAUUAAAGCAGAGAUAGAAAAAUACAAAGGAAAAGGAAUAAACACAGACAAUCAAAGGAAAAAAAUUAUGAGUGAUUUAGAAGUAAGACUCAGCAUGACUGAAUCAAGAGCUGAAAAUUACGAAAGAAAAUACGAAAAGACCAUGAAAACAAUAAAUGCACUAAAAAUUGGGAUUCAACAGAUUUUAAAAAAAAUUGGCUGCAAUAACGAAAUGACAGAAAUGAUGUUGGAUACGCAAGGAGUUGAUGAGUCUAACAUGAUGCAAUGCCUUGGCGUGAUUGAGCUGAGGACCAAUGAAAUACUGCAAAUGUAUUGGGGCUGCACUAAUGAUCAUUCUUACGCUCCAUCACAAGCUUUGCCAUCGAAUACACAUCAUAGUCAGCAGAUUGCAGUAAAGCAGCCAAUAAAAAUUGAAAUUGAUGCUCCGCCUCUUAAAGAUGAAAAGGACCCUGGAGAAGAAGAUGAUAAAGGAAACUUGCUGACAAGAGAGGAAAUGAAUGAUAGAGCAAUUAUAAGAAGUGUUCAGUAUAAGAAAAGAUAA